AUGGCAGAGGGAGAGGAGCGUAUCGAGCUUAAAUUUCGUAUAUAUGAUGGAACGGAUAUAGCGCACGAGACUUAUCCAGCAUCUACUACAACAGUUGGUACACUUAAGCAAAAGCUUAUUGCUGAGUGGCCUCAAGGAAAAACCGUUAUACCAAAGUCAGUCAACGAUGUAAAACUUAUACACGCUGGUAAAGUUUUGGAAAACACCCUAACACUUGCUGAUUCCAAAAUAACUUUCGGUGACAUCCCUGGUGCUAUUAUCAUGCAUGUUGUAGUACAGCCUCCUAUAGCUAAAAAAAAGACAGAGAAGAAGAAAAAGGAGAACAUGCAAAAGACGAGUUCAUGCUCAUGCACUAUCCUAUAG